ACUUGGAUAGCUUGGAGUACUUGGACAUGGUUGUAAAAGAAACCAUGAGGCUACAUCCAGUAGCACCUUUGUUGAUACCUCAUGAGUCAUUGGAAGAUUGCACUAUCAAUGAUUACCACAUACCUCGUAAGUCUAGACUCUUAAUAAAUGUAUGGGCAAUUGGGAGAGACCCAAGUGUUUGGACUGAGCCAGAUCAGUUUAAUCCAGAGAGAUUUGUUGGGAGUAACAUUGAUCUUAGAGGACAUGACUUUGAGCUUAUCCCAUUUGGGUCUGGGAGAAGAAGCUGUCCAGGAAUGCAAUUGGGUCUAACUGUGGUUCGGCUAGUGUUAGCACAACUUGUUCAUUGCUUUGAUUGGGAGCUUCCUAAUGACAUGUUGCCAACGGAGUUGGACAUGACCGAAGAGUUUGGUCUCACAACUCCUAGAGCCAAGCACCUACUUGCUAUUCCUACUUAUCGCCUUCACAAGUGACAGUGUCCUUUUUGGUUUUUGUUGUCUAGACUACUAAUUAAAGUGCCAGUAUGAAUGUCUAGAUUUGUGGUUGUUUACUUCUACUGCAUUUGCUCAUUUUGUGGAUCAUAUUUUCUGCUGUACAUACCUAUCAUGUACAACUCUAUAAGCUACCAUAUACCUGGUGUUCCUUACUCA